AUGAUCAUGGCUUGCGCCGAGCCUCCACUCCUGACACUCCUGGACAGGGGAAUCGCUGAGCUCGCAAAACCCUGCGUUCCAAACCCCAAACCCCAGCUGGGGUUGUGGCGUAUUUGGUUUCCCCUCUCAAGUGUUGGGAUCUCAAUCAGCUAGGAAGAAGGUCCAAAGAUCCAUCACCACGAACGCUCGCAAAGAUCGCCUGUGGAUGCGGUGAAUGUGUGUGCUGGUUUGGCAGAUACGUGUGUCGAGGAGGUGUCUUCCGAGUCCGUCGAGCAGCGCCGCACACAGACAGACCAGGUGGAUGACGCGUGUGCAGAGAUCUGCUCUUGACUCAUCCACUUCUUCUCAUCCAUCUCUAUCUUUCACUCUGACGACUGGGAGCCCUGACGAGGGAUGAAUCAGAGGAUCCUCAUCCGUCAGCCCGCUGCAGCAAGGUCUCUCUAUGACAAGAGCUCUUGACGCAGACAAUUCAUGGGAUCGGCUUGGUGUGGUGUGCCUCCAGGUGACGGCAGAAUGAUUGAUGCUGGAUGGCUAUAGAUUUUGAGGAACGAGGCUGAGGAUACGUGGACCCGUCGGCCAUUGUUCAUUGUCCUGGUCAUGUGCUUGUGAUGUGGUGUGUGCAGU